AUGUCCGCGAAGACUCGCGUCGACAACGUCCACGAACGCACUGAUUACCUCUUUAAGAUUAUCGCGGCGAUUACGUUCGCGAAGACGUUAAUGGCUCCGUGCCACAAGACUACCCAGAUUAUCAAGCCAAGUACCACGGCGGCUGCCGUGACUGUUGUGCGUGAUUUACUGCAACAACCGCAGUCGACGCGCUCCGCCCACUGA